AUGCUGCCGCUGCCCGCCCUGCUCUGCCUCUGCGCGGCCGCCGCCGCCGCCUCCUCCGCCAGGCGCGGCGACUACCGCCUGGCCGGCCUCUUCCCGGUGCCGCGGGCCGCCGCCCGGCCGCUGGUGCACGGCUGCGACGCCGCCGCUGCCUUCAGGAGCCACGGCUCCUGCCUGGCCCUGGCCAUGCGCUUUGCGGUGGAGGAGAUAAACAACUCCAGCGCGCUGCUCCCCAACGUCACCUUGGGCUACGACAUCCGCGCCACCUGCUCCGAGGCCGCCAACCUCCGCGCCGUGCUGCACGCCCUCGCCCGCAAGGGUGGGCAGGAGGUGGGGGCGCUCCCCCCCUUCCGCCGCUACGAGCCCGACGUGGUGGCCGUCAUCGGGCCCGACAGCACCCGGCUGGCCCUCACCGCAGCGGCCGUCCUUGGCAUCUUCCUCGUGCCAGAGGUUAGCUACAAAGCUUCCUUGGAGACGCUAAGCCUGAAGCAGUUCUACCCCUCGUUCCUGCGCACCAUUCCCAGCGACAGGCAGCAAGUGAAGGCCAUCUUCCUGCUGCUGCAGCAGUUUGGGUGGACUUGGGUUGCGCUGCUGGGCAGUGACAAUGCCUACGGCAGGGACGGCCUGGAUGCCCUCUACAAGCUGCUGAUCGCAAGCAAUGUGUGCGUUGCCUACCGAGGCAUUAUCCCCACCAACAAGGACGCCAACAGCCCAGAGCUCCACAACCUGGUCAGAAUCCUUAGGGACGUCAGGGUCAACGUCACCGUCGUCUUCUCCAACAGAAAAAGCGCCCACCCUUUCUUUGAGGUGGUGGUCCAGAGGAACAUCACAGGCAUGGUGUGGGUGGGUUCUGAAGACUGGUCGUUAGCCCGAACAAUCUGGCAGGUGCCUGGCAUCCAGAGUAUCGGCUCAGUGAUUGGGAUGUUGGUUGAGAAGACAGAUUCCACGAUGCUGAAACGCUUUGAAUCUUGGAAGGCGGCAGAGGAAAGUGCUGCAGCUGAAUGUGCAGGCAGCACAGAGGCAGGUGAGGGAGUCGGAGGCAGCGCUCAGCUGGACUGCACCCAGAGCUGCACUGCGUGCCACUUGCUCACCGCUGUCCCCAACACAUACGAUGCUCAAGCCUCCUUCAGCGUGUACUCUGCUGUGUACGCCGUGGCCCACGGCCUCCAUGACCUGCUGGGCUGUGCCUCGGGGACAUGCAGCAAAGGCACAGUUUAUCCCUGGCAGCUCCUACAAAAAAUCAAGCAAGUAAACUUCACCCUGUACAAGAGCCACAUCUCUUUUGACGCCAAUGGGGACAUUCAUAAAGGCUAUGACAUAGUCAUGUGGAACUGGACCGGCCCAAGCUGGGCUUUUGAUGUGAUAGGAACUUUCCAUGUGAACCCCGACAGGCUGAGCAUUGACCAGGGCAAAAUCCUGUGGCACACAAAAGAUGGCCAGGCUCCCGCCUCGGUGUGCUCCGAGGCCUGUCAGCCAGGGGAGAAGCGGCUACAGCAGACCCGCCACCGAUGCUGCUUCAGCUGCGUGGCCUGUCCAUCAGGAACCUUCCUGAACAGAUCGGAUCUCUAUGGCUGCCAGUCCUGUGGGGUAGAUGAGUGGGCCCCAGCAAGGAGUGAAGCUUGCUUCAACCGCACCGUGGAGUUUCUGUCCUGGUCCGAGCCCCUCUCCUUGGCAUUGCUGACCCCCACCGUCCUCCUCAUGCUGCUCAUGGCAGGGCUAGCCAUCCUCUUUGCCCUGAACGCCUCCACGCCGGUAGUCAAGUCUGCGGGUGGGAAAAUGUGCUUCCUCAUGCUGGGCUCUUUGGCCAGCACCUGCAGCAGCAUCUUCUGCUACUUCGGGGAGCCCACCAGGCACACGUGCCUGCUGCGCCUCCCCCUCUUUGCCAUCAGCUUCACUGUCUUCCUCUCCUGCGUGGCGACACGCUCCUUCCAGAUCAUCUGCAUCUUUAAGCUGAACACGCGCUGGCCGGCCCUCUACGAGGCCUGGCUGCGGCGCAGGGGGCCGGUGCUCUUCGUGGCCACCAGCACGGCGGCCCAGGCGGUGCUGUGCCUGGCCUCGGAGGCCGCCAGCCCCUCCGUGCCGUGGCGGGACUACGGCGUGUCGGCCGAGCGAGUGGUGCUGGAGUGCGGCCCGAGCGCCGCGCUGGGCGGGGCCGCCGCCAUCGCCUACACCCUGCUGCUCAGCACCUGCUGCUUCGUCCUCAGCUACGCGGGCAAGGACCUGCCCGCCAGCUACAACGAGGCCAAGUGCCUGACCUGCAGCCUGCUGCUGCACCUCGCCUGCACCGCCGCCGUCCUCUGCACGCGGGACGCCUUCCGCGGCCGGGAGGAGGCGGUGGCGCGGGUGCUCGGCUCCCUCUGCACGCUCAGCGCCCUGCUGGGCGGCUACUUCCUCCCCAAGGCCUUCGUCAUCCUCCUGCGGCCGCACCUCAACACGCCCGAGCACUUCCAGAUGGCGAUCCAGCGCUACACGCGGCGCCUGGCCGAGGCGGCGGAACGCGGCGCCACCGACCCGCCGCGGGGCCGCUGAGACGG